AGAAGGAGCGCUAUCCUGCUGAAGAGUUUGCCCUCUCCUGUGUUUACUUUUUGUUUACUUUUUAUUGAAAGUAAUGUAAAUGGCUGUGUUAUUUUGGCGUUUUACUUUUUAAAAGUAAUGUAUUAAAAUCUUAAAACGAGACAAAAUGGUGGGCCUUUCGACUCGUUUUAAGAUAUAAAUAUAAUAUAUUACUUUUGAAAGUAAAAUAUACCCAUGAAUGCAUAUCUGUGAUCACGAUUGAAUUAAUUUUGAAAGACUUUUUUUUGUAGAAACCAUUUAUGAGUUUCACAUAUAGCUGCAUGUAGUUUGUAGCAAUUCUGAGCAAAGUACAGAGUGAAGAACAACAAAACUGCAAAGUCAUGGUUUUAUGAAUUAUGAUCGUCUGCUCAAAUUUUGCCUAUACGCUCUCACUGCACAGUGCACACACACACACACACACGCGCGCGCGCUGAAAACCAGGAAGUGUUUGCUAUUCGAGAGAAACGAAACGAAACUUAUUUCUCUGCCACUCGAGUUGUUGCUUUGAGAUCCACACUCUUUAGUUUGAUUAAAGCUGUACGGAGGAAAUAUUUGACUUUUUUUCAACAAUAUCAUUUUGCUAACAUUUAAAAAGAUUAUUUAAAUAUCAGUGUAACUAUUUUUUUAAUAAUCCUGCAGUCUUCACGUUAUAUCUUAAUAAGUGGCGCUUCGAUUCUUUUACGUUGACACACAAAACUUAAGCAUUUGGUAGACUUUUAGAUGUGCUCUUUAUAAAUGAUUUACAUGUGGAUUCAUAUUUCAUUAAUUAUUUUCUUCUGGCAGAGCAGUUUCUAUCUGCGGAGAAAUGUCUGAAUCAUCCUCGAGUCAGUAUGUGGAUCAGUUCAGCUGUCCAGUGUGUUUGGAUCCGCUGAAGGAGCCGGUGACGAUUCCCUGUGGACACAGUUACUGUAUGAGCUGUAUUACUGACUGCUGGAGCCUGAAGGAGCAGGGGCCGCCGUACCGCUGUCCCCAAUGCAGAGAGAGCUUCAGUCAGAGACCUCUACUGAAGAAGAACACUCUGAUAGCUGAGAUGAUGGAGACGCUGCAGAAGACGGCCCUACAGACGCCUGCUGCUGCUGCUGCUGCUGUGGACUGUGAUGUUUGCACUACAGAGAAGAACAGAGCUGUAAAGUCCUGUCUGCAGUGCUUGGCCUCCUUCUGCCAAACUCACCUGCAGCUUCACUAUGAGUCUCCUGCGUUUAUGAAGCACAAACUAGUGGACGCCUCCAGACACAUUCAGGAGAACAUCUGCCCCAGUCAUGGGAGACCGCUGGAGAUUUACUGUCAGGAUGAUCAUCAGUGCAUUUGUUGCAUGUGCACCGAUAAUCACAAAGGACACAAAGUGGUGUAUGUGGAUACAGAAUGGACUAGUAAAAAGAAAGUGUUAGAAGAGAUGAAGCUGACGUGUCUAAAGCUGAUCCAGGAACGAGAGAAAGGUCAACAGGAACUUAGUGAAGCUGCAAAACUUCUUAAGAGUUCAGCAGAUGAGGCGGUGGAGAAGAUGGAGAAGGUGUUCACUGAGCUCAUCUGCUCUCUGGAGAAGAAACGCUCUGAGAUUAAAGAGCAGAUCAGAGCUCAGGAGAAGACGGAGACAGAUCGAGCAGAGCAACUUCACCAACAUCUGCAUCAAGAGCUGACACAACUCAGAAAAACACAAGCAGAGAUCCACAAACUGCUCACUACUGAAGACCAGAUCCACUGUCUGAAGAGCUGUGAGUCUGUGUGUGUUUUACCCACAUUUGAAGACGUUCCCAGCUUCACUUCACACACUCAUCUGUCUUUUAAAGACCUUUCAAUCUCAGCAUUCAGAGAGGCUUUAGAGGACGCCUGUCAGACGCAAACAAACAUAUUAUUCAGAGAAGUGUCUAAUGUCCAUGUUGCCGAGCCUCCAGAACCUAAAAUGCAAAAUGAUUUUUUGCAAUACUUCUGUGAGCUACAACUGGACCCACACACUGCAGGCAAAAAAAUCAAACUGUCAAACACAAACAAAAAAGCGACCUACUCAGAUGCAGUCCAGCAGUACCCUGAUCACCCAGAGCGGUUUGAUUUCCCCUACAUCCUAUGUAGAGAAGUUUUAAACAGUCGCUGUUAUUGGGAGGUUGAGUGCAGUGGCAACAGUUGGGCUGUAGGUGUUUGUUACAAAGGAAUUGGACGCAAAGGAUUCACUGAUGAUUGCAGACUUGGCUUCAACAACAAUUCCUGGCGAUUGGGCUAUUAUCAGCAGAAUUUUAGUUUUAUACAUGAUAAAGCACUGCUCCGUAGUUUAACCAUCCGCCCUGCCUCUAGAAUAGGAGUAUAUCUGGACCACAGAGCAGGAAUUCUGUCUUUCUACAGCAUCUCAAACACAAUGACCCUCCUUCACAGAGUCCAGACCACCUUCACUGAACCACUGUACCCUGCGUUUCUAACUGACUCUGGUUCAUCCGUUUUAAUCCUAGAGAAGUCAGUUCACAAAUGCAAAAAAUAGACUUUGCUGUUAAUGUAUUCAGAGCAGUGCGCUUGUGUGUGCAUUUUCUUUUUCCUUCUCAUUUAGUUUUUAUUGCAGUUUUCAAAUUUACAUACAGGUGUAUUGUAUAUAGGGUUUUUCACAAUGGGUACACAAAACAACCAAACAUCAGAAUUCCGAAAUUGUAGAAAUAAAUGAAAUUAUAAAAUACCAAAACAAAUCCAUAAAUAAAAAAAUUAAUACAGAAGUUACAACAAUGAUUAAUUGACAUUAUAAAAACAAUCAAAACAAUACACUCAUCAUUGUUUUGUAUAUUGUCAAAAACAAAACUGAUAAAAUAGAUUUGUUGCUUUUUCAGGUACAAUUCAAUUGUGUACUUUUUUUUAAACCCAUGUUGUGGCACCCAGUCUACGCUUUCCUUUUUUUUUUUUAUUAUUACCUAAACUAUAUACAUAUAAAACUGUAAGGAUGUAAUUUUUUUUCUGUGAUUACAAAAAAAAAGAAGAAAUACACAAAAUAAAAUUCACCUCUUUCUGACUAUACAUUCUAUAACAAACAUGGUCUUAAUGGAAGAAUAUAUUCUACCCAUUUUCUCAAUGUCUCAUUAAACUCUUCAGUCUGUUAACGAUGAUUACUUGUUUGCCUCUCCAUCUUUUUCAUUUCAUAAAUAAUGUCAAACUAGUCACUAAUUUGAGGUUUUUUGAGCUGUAACCAUUUUUUGGAUACGUCUUUUUUGCAGGCUAUCAGCAAAAUUUUCUGCAGUUUUUUUGGUCAGAUUUUUCUUCUAACAUGCAGACUGUAAAACCCCAAAAGUUAAGGUAACUCAAACCAUUUUAAGGAAACCAAUUGCAACAAACUAUUCAAGUUCAAAUACUAAUCCUAAUAAGUACUGUGAACUUACACCAUUUAAGUAAUAGAAGCAAUUUGGGCACAGUAAAACCCGCUAAAUGAAGAGAACUCAACCGAGUACAGUAAAAUCCAAUAAGUUAAGGCAACUCAAACUGUUUGAAACCAAUU